AUGGUAGCGCCCGAAACGCCUCGUUCAAGCUUCGCAAGAAGGAUUGCCAAGGGCAAGGGGAGGGCGCGAGCUUCCUCCAGUGACAGCGACGGCGACGACUUCCUUGAGGAGCUCGCCGCCGAUGGCGGCUCCGACGAUGAGAGCGAAAACGGCUCCGACGACGACGAGCUGUGGCUCGACGACGGGAGCGAGGCCGCUAGGCUCGACAUCGAGGACACCAUCAAGGCUGCAGCGACCGUCAUCCAGACCCUUGCGUCUCUGGAGGACCGUCUCCGAGCCUGCGACGAGAUGGACGACAAGCUCGAUGCGAGGCUGGGACGCACGGCGCUGAAAAAGCGAGCUCGUCUGAGUGACCUGAAGCAAGUGGCUCAAGGCAAGGACGCCUUCGGGUGGAAGUCGGACCUCUACGUCGACGACACCAGCCCCAUCCCCAAGGCAGUCCAGCGCGUCGUCAACGUCAUCAGCCGAGCCCGCGCUCUGCACCCGUCCCCGGACAAGCGCGAGCAGCUCGACUCGGGUGGUCCGGCACGCCACAGCCGCGACAACGUCGACAUGACUACGGUCAUCGACAACAUGGCCAAGAAGGGUAUGCCGAGGAUCAUCCGGGAUCUCAUCGACCUGCAGGCCAUGUGUCCCGAGGUCGACAUCUCCGGCCUCGCCGCCUUCAUCAACCGGCUUGAGGCGAUGACGUCAGCUUCGGUGUCUCGCCGGUCUGUGUUCAGCAAGGGGCUGCGGCGGUACCUCGCCGAGAAGGAGGCCGGUGACCUCUUCUUGGACGGGAGCAACCCCGGAUUCGGCUGGCGCGCCGCGCUCCCCGAGUCGUCCAUCGAGCGCGUCAUCGCGUCCUACUCGGACCGUGACAUCGAGCUCAUCGAGUCCAUCGAGGAGAAGCUGAAGUCCGAUGCCGUCAAGUGGCGGGUGAAGCGGCUCGUCAAGAAGGUCCGCCAGCGCCUCAGCAAGCGCGACAAGAAGGCAGUCGAGCUCGUCUACAACGCCGACAGUGUCUGCACUCUUGUAUACGGCAGCGAGACCACGACGCGCGAGCUCGCGACACUGGUGUCUCGCGUAGUGUUGCGUUACUUGCUGCUCUGCGGGAAGCUCUGGGUCCUCGCCAAGCGCGACUUCAGCUCGGCAUGGCUCGACCCCAUCGCCGUGUUCAUGCACCUCGUGGAAUCCGUCGUCGUGGCGGGGUACGUGCGCUUCCGAGACAAAGAUGGGAAGCCUGAGCUCCUCGGCACCGUCGACCUGAUCUCGGGGCUUCCGCACAUUCGCGGGGGGCUGUCCGGAAGCUCGGGCAAAGUGACCUAUCUUGCGCACGAGCAGCACGGCCUUCCCGCGUCCAUGUACAAUGGCGACGAUGAUGACGACUCGUUCGGCAACCACGGGCACGAGUCCUUCCCAGUCAACCUCACCCGAGGUUCAUGGCCCUUUCCAACCAUGUGGGCUCACCUCUCGAGCCGGCAGCCGGCGCUGCAAAAGCUCGCCGACAAGCUCGCGCCUGUUGGCGUCCUCCAGAAGGUACAACUUCCGGACUUUGAGCCGACCAAGCAGAUGGAGGCGAUGUGGCGUCACAACCACGUCGACCCGCUCGAUGCCGUCGCUCGUGACCCGUCCCUGCCUCAGCGGAUGAAGGAGGGCCUCAAUUCUGCUGAGCAGGAGGUCAAGAACGCAGCGGCCGCUCGCCGCCAGCAACAAGCCGACGCCGACAAGACGGCCAAGGCUCAGGGCCGCCACCUCAUGGCCGGUAGGUGCGACACCUGCGGCAUCGCCCUGUUGAGCCAUGGGACAUGUGUGGCAUGCCGCCGCGAUGCCAAGCGCCUCGAGGGACAGCGCAAGCACCUCCAACGGUUCGAGCAAGCGCUGCGCAAGGCGAAGGAGCUCGGCUACGUGGGCAACGCCAAGCCAAUCGUGCGAGCCGCUGAGCCUAGGGCAAUCGUGCCUCGUCUGCCGGACGAACUCAAUGUGGGCUACGGCAUCCAGGCUGCGGCUGAGUUGCAGGAGACCUUCUUCAGCUUCGAGUGCGCUCGCUACCGACGAGUGCGUGAGAAAGGCUGGGCCGAGGGCACUGCCGACGCCUCGAUCUGCGACAUCUGUGUCCAUGUCGAGCGACGGAACAGCGAUGAGUUCCAGCGUCGGCCUGUCUGCUACCAGUGUGGCAUCGACAAGUGCAGGGAGUGGCGCAAGGGUCCCGUUUGGGCCGCCAUGAUCUGCUUGCCAUGCUGGACCUCGCACCUGGACGGACCGCAAGAGAGCUGGCACCUGCCUGUACCCGGGGUGCACAACGACCUGGGGAGUCUGGCGGUGGUGGCGCGACAGGGACGGCGUCGGCAGAGUCUGUAUGCGCCAUCACAGCACAUUGCACCGCCCGACCAAUGGCGACGAGCACAAGAGGCUCACGGCCUUGUCCAGAAGGCCGUGGCUGCCGCAGCCACCGACGCAAAGCCGGCCGACAUCAAGGAGGAGCUCGCCCGCCUCGUCGCAGCGCAGGGAGUGCAGGCCAGCGCCUCCUCGGCGACUCGCGUGUACGACAAACGGCCGACGGACGACUCCUUCGACCCGCGCGCCGUUACGUCGAGGUUUGGCGUCCCCGGCGUCUGCCUGUUUCCUCAAUGCGACUCGACGAAGCUGACGAACGGGUUCCCUGUUGUUACCAGGGUGGGCGGCCUAUGCGGCCCUCAUCAUUCGUUCAUCUCAAGGAAGUCGAACCAUGAUGUCAAACAGGCUAUGGUCCGCUGUCUUGUUGAAGUUUGCGAAGCGGAUCCCGUUGGCUCGCUCAAGGACGCCUUCGCGGCUGCAGUCAAGACAAAGCCAAGGGCAUCAAACACAACUGGAAGCCACGCAAUAAAAUUCACGUCUGUCUCGCAAACUGAUGCUUCCACUGGAAAGCCCAAAGCCAUAUUCAAGGAUAUCCAGACCGCUGGAGAUAGAUGUCCUGGUCUAUGGAUCAAUUACAUAUCGUCCUGUCGGCAGGUGCCCUCGAGCACUGCCCUCUACAUGGCAAUUGCACAGGACGUUUUUAGCCGAAGGUCGCAGCGGGUCGCUUUUUGUUAUCAAUUCUACCGCGCACGACGGAAUUCAUGCCUGUUCUCUCUUCCCUCUCUACCGCCUAUCGACGAUGCGACUGCAAGCUCGUUGGCCAAGACUUAG